AUGGAGCGAGACAGACGUCUCCCCGAGCACGGCAUCCCACCAGAGCCCCCAACGGUCGACGCCGCCGCCGCCUUAACCUCCCCAAGGGUCGACGUUGGGACGACUCCUGCCUCCUUCGCAUCGGCGGAGCGAGCCCCGAGCACUUCCGGGAUUUUCGAGCGCGGCUCCGGCUCAUCGGGAGGAGUUGUCGAGCGCACCGGCAGCACUUCCCUUUACACCCCCAGAUGGGCACGCGGGGCGGCGGGAGCGCCCGUACCCCCUUCCGCCAUGGCCUCCGCGGCUGCCGCCGCAACAGCCGCUGCGUCAGCCUCCGCGUCUGCCGCCGCCGCAGCAGCCGCCGCAGCAGCCGUGCCUAGUUCGGAUCCAACCACUCCUAGCGGCCCGCUGACGGCACCGUUAGACGUCAGUUUCACGUCCUCUAACCCGCCCACUCCGUUAGGGUUUCAGCAAGGCUUUCCGGGUUUCCAGCCGCGGGAUCCCGAGCGCGACAGGCGGAAUCUGUCCAUGGAAAUGCCGGAGCCCCCCCCUCGGCGGAGGACCCGCCCGGCAUCUUCCGCCAUCUACCCCCGCCCCCACCCAAUAGCUUCCCCCGGCGAUGGCGCGGCGCACCGCGGAAUGGGCAGCGACUUGAGCGGAGACGCGCGGCUGUGGUCCCCGUCGCAGCACCUCCAGCGCGGGCGCAUGCCGGAAUCCGCCUUCCCCAGCUACCGCCCGGGCGACAGCGGGAUUCUCUGCGGCGGGAGGCGGCCCGGCGGGCCGAUGUCCGGGCAGUUUCCCGGCCCGGGCAUGGGAAAGUCGGGCAUGAUUGGCCAGUCGGGACUGAUCGGGCAGUCGGGAAUGUUUCCGCCGCCGUCGGCGAUCCCCCAGUCGGGGUCGUGGGGGGGAACGGCGCCGAACACGCCAAGCAUACCGAAAUCGAAUAUAGUGCAGAAAUCUAUGAUCAUGUGCAUGGAUCCGACGUGUAACAAGUGUCCCCCCGAGAUGCACGCGCUUCGGAACCGGAAGCUUAUGUCGGCGGCGAUUGACGAGUUCCCGCAGCCGCUGGCGUCGCGAGACGGGCGCGGAGGUGGGAAGCGGGGAAGCGACGGGGCGGACGGGGGAGGGGACGGGGGAAGAGGCGGAGGAGGAAUGGACGAUUUUGAGUAUGAUUUCGACGAGUUUGAUUUCGAGGAUGAUGAGGAUUAUGAUGAGGAGACGGGCGGGAAGAGGACCAUCAUUCGUUGCUGCGGCUUGCCAUGCUUUGUCUUCACCAGCCGGGGAAAGCGCCGGUCGCCCAUGCUUGGGUUCUUCCGAUUCGUGGAGGGGCUCGUGCAACCCGUGGGCAUUCUCAACCCGCACUCCAGGUUCGUGGCACAGUGGAACAAGUGGUUCAUGGUCACGUGCAUCUUUGGCUUCUGUAUUGACCCCUGGUUCCUCUUCACGCUCCUCACCAUGUACUCGCCCUCCAAGGUCACCCUGUGUUUGGACAUCAACUACCCUGCUGCCAUCACGCUCACUGUCAUGCGCUCAAUCGUGGAUCUUAUGUAUCUCAUCAACAUAUUUAUACAGUUCCGCAUAGCCUAUUUCGUCCCGGCGCCCAGCAACCGCUCCUAUAGAUGGCGCUGCCUGCGCUGGUGGUACGCCGAGCCCUCUGAGCUGGAACCAGGAGACAUGGAGACGGACACGAGGGUCAUCGCCAUUCGAUACCUCAAGUCCUGGUUCCUCGUGGACCUCGUAUCCACCUUCCCCAUCCCCCAGAUCUUUAUUCUGGGAAUCGUCCCAGCUCUCGGCAGGACCGUCAGCACAGCAGCCAACACGUGGAUCGCCGUCCUCACGCUCCUCGCACUCUGCAUCCAGAACAUCCCCCGUGCUGCGCGCUUCUUCCCGCUGCUAGCGGGCACGGCGUCGCAUGUGACGGGCUUUGUGUUUGAGACCGCCUGGGCCAACUUCCUCCUCAACCUCGUGUUCUACCUCAUGGCGUCGAAUUUCGUCGGCGGGGUGUGGUACAUCCUGGCUGUUGACCGAUUCAGUGAGUGCUUGCAACACGUGUGCAGCAACACCCAAGGCUGCAACCCCACCUACCUUUACUGUGGCAACACCAACGGCCCAGUCACCACCGUCGCCUCUGCGGACCUCUUUUCACCGCAGUACACCGGGAAGAACGUCACCACAUGCCUGUACACCCCUGGGGAUGACGGCAAAACGGAUUCGCCCAUCCCGUACGGCGUGUUUGCAAAUGCCAUCCCCCUCACGGCAAGCCCAGACGUGGUGUCGAACUACCUCUACUCCUUCUUCUGGGGCCUGCAGCAAGUGAGCACGCUGUGUGGCAACCUCGUGCCGUCGCGGUGGGACGUGGAGUUGCUGUUUGUCAUCGUCGUCACCAUCAUCGGUCUGUUGCUGCUCGCUCUCCUCAUUGGCAACAUCUCCAACUACCUGCAGUCGCUCAACAGAAGGUCCUUUGAGUAUCAGUUGCAGCGCCACGACAUCGACGCGUGGAUGCAGCGCAGGAAUCUUCCCGUCGACCUCCAGAAGCAGGUGCAGGCUCAAUUGCGGCUGCAGUGGGCGGCAACAAGGGGCGUGGACGAGGCAGAGCUGCUGGACAGCUUCUCGGACUCCAUUCAAAUUGACCUCCGCCGCUCGCUGUGCCUCGAGCUGUUGCAAUGCUCCGUGCUCUUCUGUGCGAUGGAGCCGCCAGUUCUUGACGCCUUCUGUGCGCGGCUGCAGCAGCAGAUCUACACGGCGGGCUCUAUGAUCAUACGAGAAGGCUACCCCGUCUCGCGCAUCUUCUUUGUUCUAAGAGGCGAGCUCGAGAGCUUCUCCACGUUCGGGGGCCACACGGGGAUGCCGGAUAUGGUGGUGCUGGGCAAGGGGGACUUUCUGGGGGAGGAGCUGCUGGUUGACUGCUUGGAGAGGCUCUCUGCUGCCAGUGGGCAGGGGUCGGGUCGAUCGCUUACCAUGAGGAGAUCCAUCUCAGUCACGCCAUCGCUCACCAGCUCUGCCAACCUCUCCCAGGCGCAGCCAUCAGUGGAUGUUUUGCCCACGGCGCAGCGCUCGGUGCGCUGCCUGGGGCCGGUCGAGGGGUACUCGCUGGAGGCUGCUGACGUGGCGAUUGUGUGCAAGCAGUUUGCACGCAUGCUCUGCACCAACACCGUUCAGCGCGCCCUCAACCAAAUCUGCUACAACAGACGAACGCACGCUGCCCGCACGAUCCAGCUGGCGUUCCGCCGGUACUUGAGACGAAAACUCGGUCUCUCUGUAGAGGAUGUUUUUAAAGCGGUUAGGAACAGGCGCAUGGCAGCGGUGCUUAACAAAGCGCAGGAGUUAAGAGCUAAUAGUGCUCUUAAUGGCACAGCUGCUGCUGCUGCCGCUUUGGCCAUUGCUGCUGCUGGGAGUGGGAGUGUGGCUGCGAGCGGGAGGAGCAGUGGUACGGAGAAGGCAAAGGGGGAGGAGGAGAAAGGCGAAAAAGGGGACAAGGGUGAAGGAAAGGUGAGGUUUGCAGUGGAUAAAGGGGACAGUGGGCGCGAUAAAAAAUCAGAGUAA